UACUCUGAAAAGGCCCAAAUGACUGAAAAACCCUCCUGGCAUCUUUGUUCAUAAUUGCACCUGAUUUUCAGAAAAUGCUUCUCACACUACGACGUCGUUGAAUCCCUCUCUCUCUCUCUCUACUUCAGAGGUGAAGAAAUCAGUGAAACUGUAAUUGGAGAUGUCUGCAAACGAGGAAGUGAAACAAUUGAAAGAUUGUUCUGUAUCAAAUGCAUUGGGCACAUGGGUAUUUUCGGUGGCUGGUGCUUUGAUAGCAAUACCGGUGGGUAUUAAACGGAAAUCUCUUGCACCGCUUGUCUUCUUUGGGACGACUGGCACAAUGCUCGAUAUUAUCAUGGGAGUUACUGCCUGUGAAAGGGAACACGCCGAACGUCAAAUGCAGCUUUUGGAAGCUCAAAAUUCUGCUUCUUCGGCUGCAGCCAACGACGGUGACGAGUUUUGACGAAGUUUAAUUAAAUGCAAUUUAAUUAAUUAUCCUCAAAUUAGUUUGUCUUAAUUUGUAAAAGACCAAUGGCCGGGGAUUAUAAGCUGUAAAUUGAGAUUUUUACAUGUUGAUUUUCCAUUCUGAAUUUCAAUAAAGUGUAAUUACGAAAAAAAA